AUGAAUCUUGCUUCAUCUAAACCCUUGGAUUAUUUUAAAGCAGACCCCAGAUAUAUCAUAUGUUUCCCUGGUGGCUCAGAUAGUAAAGAAUCUGCUUGCAACGCAGGAGUCUCGGGUUCAAUCCCUGGGUCGGGAAGAUCCCCUGGAGAAGGGAAUGGCUACCCACUCCAGUAUUCUUGCCUGGAGAAUUCCAUGGACAGAGGAACCUGGAGGGCUACAGGCCAUGGGAUAGAAAAGAAUCAGACACUACUGAGUGACUUCACUUUCACUUUCCAGAUAUAUCACUUUGUGACUGAGCGUGCAAACACACACAUACACACACACCGAUGGAAGAUAUUUGUUUAG